AUGCCUGAUCUCCCAGAAGGCAUCAGGAUGCAACUCUUCAAUGAUGGCAUCCCAAUUCUUUGCCCAACCAUGCAUCAAGACAUCCUCAAAUCCAAUCCAAUAGCAAUCAUGCCUUGGAAGGAUGAGAACCUGACACUUGCCUGGGUCAGGGAAGAGUGCAAGAAGCUCUAUGACAUCCAUAUUGCCAAGGGCCAGCCAAAGUUCAACAUUGAAGCUAGUUACAUAGAGCCCAAUGUGAAGUCAAAAACUCAAGCUCACCAAGGCUCUCAUGUCAACAAGGAAGCCCACCAAUCUGGCAAGAAUAAGAUCACAGCUGAAUUCAAGAAUCAGCCCAUUGCCUCUGCCUUCAAAGCUGCGGAGUUGAAGUCCAAGCUUGCCAACACUGUCCUUCACCGGCGAGUCCUAAAGCUCAACAAGCCUGGGCCAAGCAAUGCUCUGGGGAUCAUGUGUCUGAUGCUUCAACAUCAGCAGCAGCAGCAGCAUCAGCCCUCCCCAUUCAUCAUCAGCAAUUCCCCCAACCCAUACUUCGACGAUCCUCCUGAGCACCUCUUCAUGCCCUCUCCAGAAUGGCAAGGAGGUGGCCCUUCCUCUCCCCCUCCCCCGCCUGCUCCCUCCACUCCCAUUCCCACUACUCCCCCUCCUCACUCUCCCACUCCCCCUCCUCCCCCUCCCCCCAAGCCCAACAAUGUCUACUCAUGGUCAAACCCUGAGCACUGCAAGAUCAUUCUUGCAAAGGCUUGUGUGAAGUGGGCUGGGGAAGAGUACGUCCCCCCAGCAGAAGACAAAUUUGAUGCGAUGGCACGAGCAAGUGCCUUGGCAGCAGAGGAGACACUUGCUGCAAUUAAUAAGGCACUUGGGGAGUAG